AUGAACUUCAACUGAUAGCAAACUAGGUGACGUACUGUAUCUCGAAAAUAAAGCAAUGUCGACUUCAAGCCCGAUCCACUUCUUCGACAUUAAGUCGGCCCUCUCUGGGUCGGCGCGGGCCUGGUCCCCCAACACCAUCAAGACCCGGAUGGUCCUCAACUACAAACAGCUGCCCUACACGCAGACAUUCCUCAGCUACCCGGACAUCGCCCCCUUCCUCUCCCACAAGGGGCUGCACCCUCAAGCGGAGGGCCGACCCUACACGCUGCCCGCCAUCUGCCACCCGGCCUCCCUCUCCGCCAGCCCCUCGGGCACGCUGAUGGACUCGCUCGCCAUCGCCACGCACCUCGAGCAAGCCUUCCCUACCACGCCAUCCAUCUUCCCCUCCGGCGACGCCAGCUACGCGCUCGCGCUGGCCGUUAGCAAGCUCAUGGGCGCCGUCUGGAUCAACGCCGUCCCCUUGGUCGUCCCCCGCGUCGCGGACUUCCUGGACGCCCGGGGCCGCGAGUACUUCAUCAAGACGCGCUCGGCGCAGUUCGGGAAGCCCCUCUCCGAGGUCCGGCCCCGGGAUGCCCGCGAGGUGGAGCGGUUGCUCGACGCCAUGAAGCGGGACAUGGCCGUCAUCGUGAUGAUGCUGCGGGGCCGGCACGGGAACAAGGAGGAUGACACGAGCGGUGGCGGUGGCGGCCCUUUCUUUGAAGGGAAGACCCCCGGGUAUGCGGACUUUCUGGUCGUGGCUGUUCUGGCGUGGUUCCAGCGCGGGGAUCGGACGGUUUGGGUGGAGAUGCUCGGGGUGGGGAAUGGGGAGGUCAGGGCGCUGUGGGAGGCUUGUUUGCCGUGGGUGGAGGGACAGGGCGAGGAGAAGGAUGAGUCGGAUUGGGAGAUUCCUCGUUGAAAGUGUUUCGCUUGCUUUCGGAAAGUCAUGGAGGUGCAGUGGAGGGUUUUGAAGUCGCUCCAAGUGAAGCCUGCGUCUGCAAUAAGUGAAAGUGUUGAAAGCAUUCCAUUUCGCGCCUGGUUCUUGGGAAAUAGUACAUGAUAAAAAGAAAUGAGAAUAUGAGUUACAAGGAGAAAUAUCUC